AAGCGGUAACUAUUCUUGGAAUUCCAAGUUUCAUCAUAUUUUUGGCCUUCAAAUGGAGGAGAAGGCAUUUAUCCAUGUAUAAUUCUAUUGAAGAAUUCUUACAAAGCAACAACAACCUCAUGCCUGUAAGGUAUUCUUACUCAAAAAUCAAGAAAAUGGCCAAUGGUUUUAAGGAGAAAUUGGGUGAAGGAGGUUUUGGUCAAGUUUACAAAGCAAAGCUUCAGAGUGGUCGGCUUGAAGCAAUAAAGAUGUUAGGCAAAUCAAAAGGUACAGGGCAAGAUUUUUUCAAUGAAGUUGCUACCAUUGGAAGAAUUCACCAUGUCAAUGUGGUACAAAUGAUUGGUUUUUGUGUUGAAGGAUCAAAACGUGCCCUUGUGUAUGACUUCAUGCCUAAUGGUUCUCUUGAUAAACAUAUUUUCUCUGUAGAAGGCAAUAUUGAAACUUUGGGUUGGGAAAAUUUAUACAAGAUUUCUCUAGGAGUGGCUCAUGGAAUUGAGUAUUUACAUCGAGGUUGUGAUAUGCAAAUCUUGCAUUUUGAUAUCAAGCCUCAUAACAUUCUUUUAGAUGAGAACUUCACUCCAAAAAUCUCUGAUUUUGGUCUUGCAAAGUUAUAUCCAGCCAAAGGUAACACCGUGUCCUUAACUGCAGCAAGAGGAACUCUAGGAUAUAUGGCACCUGAGCUGUUUUACAAAAACUUAGGAAGUGUCUCUUACAAAGCUGAUGUGUACAGUUAUGGGAUGUUAUUGAUGGAAAUGGCUAGCAGAAGAAAGAAUGUGAACCCAUUUGCAGAGCAUUCAAGUCAGAUCUACUUUCCUUCAUGGGCAUCAGAGCAAUUGAACAAAGGAAUGGAGCUGGAAAUAAGAGAAGCCUCAGAAGAUCAAAAAAGAAUUGCAAAGAAAAUGAUCAUUGUAGCCUUGUGGUGCAUACAAAUGAAGCCAAUUGAUCGCCCUUCAAUGAACAAAGUCAUAGAGAUGCUUGAAGCAGAACUUGAGAGCUUACAAAUGCCUCCCACCCCUUUCCAGUUUUAUCCCCAUGCAACACAACAAGAUGAUGUUACAAAGAAAACCUACCUCACAGAAUCUACUAGUUUUUCUUCAUGCAAUGAUAUAGAGAUUGAGUCAAUUAGUUUACUUGCAAAUGAAAAUCAAGUGGGAUGGUAGUGAAGAAGCUUGUAUUUGUAUUAGAUUAGCUUCCUUUAUAGCAUAACCAAGGCAAUGAGCUUGUUCUUGCACUAGUAUGUUUGGCAAAUUGGUAGUUAUGUAUAUUUUGAAGUGCAUGAACUAGUUCUAAUUAUUUUGCCUAUAACAUCAAUUGAAGAAUUCAAUAGAGUUAAUUUUUAUGUUUCAAAACUUAAUUAAACUUCAAUUUAAAUCAUGUAUCUAAAGUUCAAUUCCUGUUCAUUUUCUGUCUCUAUAGAAGUUGAUAAUUCUGAAGAUCUAGUUAAGCUCCCAACAAAGAAGCCAACAUAACCAUGACUUCUGAAAAUUUUGGAGUAGAAAAAAUUAGUUGUAGGGUUGCACCAUUUCAUUACCCUCAAUAAGAUGCUUGAACUUGCCAAGAAACUGAAAGCCGGGCAUUAAUUGGUGAUGUACACAAUUGACUUUGAAAAUUCUCAUGUAGAAAAAAUCAAUUGUGGGGUUGCAU